AUGAGCCUUGCAAAAGACCUCCUCCACUCUUCCCUGGAAGAGAAGAGGGAGCACAGGAAGAAGCACUUGGUGCAGAGCCCCAACUCCUAGUUCAUGGGUGUGAAGUGCAACAUGACCAUCAUCUUUCGCCAUGCAAUAAGAGUAGCUUUGUAUGCUGGCCAUUCCAUGGUCCUCCGCCAGCCUACCGAAGGAAAAACAAGGCUUACAGAAAGAUGCUCCUUCAGACAGAAGCAGCACUGAAGGCAUCCUGACUCAAGAUAAGUAGGAAACUAUCCCAAUAAGCACAUAUUGGAUUAAAAAAAAAAAAAAAGACCAUUUAGUUAUCUUGUUCAUGUAAUGCAAACCUUUUAGAUUGACUUGACUUUUCAGGUUCUAAAUAUAUGAGGUAUUUGCUUUGGGUGUUUUUAUGAAAUGGAGCCUAUUAGCCAUUAGGUGUUAAUGAAAGAAACUGCCAACUGGAUCAGGGUUUUAAAACAUUGGAAGUGUUUGUUUGCAGUUCACUGGUAUUAAGAUUCAUUUAAAAAGAAAUUACCAGUUGUUGAAUACUUUCCAGUUU